AUGUCGCAGCAAGCGGGCGCAUCGUCGUCCUCGACGAGCUACACCAAGUACGCCAGCCUGCCGGACGUCGACACCUCGGCGCCCGACGUGUACGAAUACGAGGGUCCGAGCCGCACCGACGAUGCAUCGCAAAGUCGUCGUCAUCGAUCGCGCAAGCACCGUGCACAGGGCGGUGCGGACGCAGCCGAUUCGGACUCGUCCAGCGACGACUCGGAACACAGCGCAGGCCACCGCAAGCACGCGGGCGACGCCAAGGGAGCGGUGAACAGCGAAGACAUCGACAGCUCCUCGUUGAAGCGCUCGGAUGCAGCGUCCAAAUUCACCGGCGCCACCGACCUGGACGCGGACGCAGUCGAUUUUUCGGGUCGAUUGCGCCACCGAAGCGCACGAAAGAACAGGGCGGCCCGGCCCAUCGAUGCAGGGGUCGAGACGGCGACGUAUGCGCUGGAUGAUGCGCGUCCAGCUGGUGAACGAGCGCAGGAGUCCGUGGUGGAUCGUCUGCGAAGGCUCAGGUUCGAGGCCAGCCAGUUGGAGGAGGAGCUUAAAGCCGAGGGCAGUGGCGCUGCGGGCGCUGACACUGCCAAUGGCUCGGUGGAGGUGGACAGCACACAGAUGCUCAACCAGCUCAAGCUGCUGCACGACCAGCUGGCCCGACUACCCUCGCCUUCCGACCCAGUCGGUGCUGCAGCUUCAUCGCGCGAUGCUGACCAGCAGACGUUCCGUGCGCUGCUGGACCAGAUCAAGCAGGCGCCCUCGGCCGCAUCCGCUACCGAUGCCGGUGCAACACCGGCUGCAGGCACUGCGCCGACCAAGACGACGGCCGAGACGCGCAGUGCGGAGGUGGUGCAGCUAGAAGCACGGCUGAGCGAGCUCGAGUCGACGCUGGGCGUGCACGAGGCGCUGCUGGACGAGUCCAAGCCGGUUCCGCGUCCGGUGCUAUCGACGCUGUCUCGGCUCGAGCACCAGCUCUCGCUGCUCUCGCAACCGCGCCAUCUGGACGCCAUCAGCCGCCGCGUCAAGGUGCUCGUCACCGAGAUGGACCGCGCCAACGACAUGCGUCGCAAACUCACCGACAAUGGCGCCGAAGCAGCAGGUGGGGAAGGGGCGUCCAAGACGGCUGCAACGCUCACGCCGGCCGAAAUGACAAAGUUGCAGCAGGUGUUUGAGGUGUCGACGCGCAUCGAGCCGCUGCUCCCGCUCGUGCCGUCGGUGCUCGAGCGACUGCAGACGCUGGCGGACCUGCAUGCGUCGUCGGCACACUUUGGCAGCGUGCUCGACGCGCUCGAGCAGGGCAGGGAGGCAAGGCAGGCUCAGCAGAACGAGCUCGACGAGCUGCUGCACAAGAUGGAGGCCAACAUGCAACAGAACAGCCACACGAUCGAGGCCAACCUCGCCGCGCUGCAGCAGAGGAUUGAGGAUGUGUCGAGCAGGAUGCACAAGCUCCAGUAG